CUAAUUGUUGUGAUAAACUUAUUAAAUAGAAGAAUGGUGAAAUGAUGUCAAUUCCUUCCGUAGCCCUUACUUUAUAUUUGGGGGCUGUUUGGCUGGGAAGCUCCUCCUCCACUUCCUCGUCCUUUUCGGACACCUUCGUCUCCUAUUUGGAGACUACUGAGGACAAGGAGAGUGGCGGGCCAGUUGUGAGAUUCGGCUGGAAGGACGUCGCCCCCUUCGUCGGAACGUUCGUGUACUAUGUGUACAGUGUGCCAGCCACGAAGUGCAGAGCUUUGGUAUACGGAAGGAUCAGCAACAGCUGCAAUUACUGCCAUCAUGAAGACGCCUCUGAAGUGUCCGAGUUUGUGAUGUUGGAGUCUCUAGAGGGCGAUCCAGUGCAACGUUUUCCAGAGAUCCAGAUGCCACUUUGUCCUGUUCCUUCCAAUAGUGCAUCUGGAGACAAUAGUCGCUGGACCGAGGACCAAUCUCGUUACUUCGUCCUUGCCAAAUGCGAGAGCGACCGAGUAUAUCGAAAUUCCUCCAAAUUUAUCAAGUGUGAAUCAUACAGUCUGGAAAAAUGUGUCUACAUAAAGAACUUACCAGAUUGUUACUCGGACGAAGCGGCAGCAGGUCGCAAGGCAAUCAGUUAUGGCGACCAUCGCAACAAGGACGACCUCCUCACCUCCAUGACGAGCUCGGAGGACCUGGAAAUGGGUGGUAUGGGACACCCCCCGGACUAUGGCAUGGGACCUGUGAGAACCUCCAUCUUCAGAUACAGUUUACUGCUGUUGCUGCUGACAUUAUUCGGAUAUGCAGGGUGUAGAUGGUACUCGAGAAGUGUACCUUUCAGAACUGUGAGACGUACAAACGGGGGUAUCUCCGUUCUCUCGCGUACACUCGGAGGAAACGGGCGCGGGGCCUCCGGAAUGUUUACCUCUUCCCCUCGCGGAAACUUUGCCUUGGCUAACCGAGCCGCGAAUUCUCGCCUGCUUCUUUUUAACCGAAGUCCAUCCUCGACCAGCUGUCCCACAAAUGCGGCUAGAGGUCGUUUUUAUGGGAUUAGAACCGGACCUGAUGGCUCCCAAGACGGCCAGGAAAGUAACAUAGACAUAGACGCGAUUGGCCAAGGAGGCGAAAUAGACGAAGCGAUAGAAGCAUGUGUUCGGGUUCUGAUGCGAAGCGACCCGAACUUUGCUGCAGUUCAGUUAGCGAAGAACUAUCGCUCCGCAAAUGCAGUGGUGAAUGGUACAAAUAUCAUACAGCCGGCGUCCGUUGACAUAGACUCAAUGUUACCUUCUUACCAAGAAGCAUUGGCUCAAACCUCAACCGCUGCAAUCAGUCUAGUUGACAAUCGCAAUGACCCUCCUCCCCUCCCCAAUCAAUCAACUACAACUACUUCUAAUUUCACCCCCGACAUACCCGAAGAGACCCAAUCGGGAAGUCCCCCGCCAUACGAAGUCCAAGACGAACCCUUGCAAUCAUCAGUUGAAGAUGCAGCCAUUUCAGGUGUACCAAGUUACAGGGAAGCAGCAGAAAUUACUCAGAGGUACGGCGUCGCGGAUAGUGGAAGGACGGAGUCGGAUGAUGUGAACGGCAGUCCUGAAUCUAGUUUCGGACAAGCAGCAAGCAGCGACGAGAUUCAGAGAUCUGAGGCAUAUGACCAAAAUGUCACAAUCGAUAUCUGCGACACUGACGACUCCAUGCGUGAUUAAAUUAAUGCUAAUGAGGAAAUUGAACUCUCACAAAACUUCUCAUUUAAAUUCUAUCUACAUUUAAUUGAUCCGAUCAGCAUCACUAUCGGAUCUAUUGUAAUUUGUUGCAGCUUCAACCUAUUACCAUAAAUAAUUUCACCUUACUCUACUUUGCUCUCGUCGCCAUUAUUAUCAGCAUUUUUGAUUGCUAUUCCUAAUUUGCUCGCAUUUAUAGAUUUAAUUGAUAAAUGGAUAGUAUUUAAUAGACUGAUAUAGCAGCUUGAAUCAAGGAUGGGGAAAGUGUUUAUAGAAAUAAACUAUAAGAUAGCAAAUGUUCAUAAAAGCUAGAAAAACUAACCGGGCGAGAUAAAAAAAGCUUCCUUAAAAACCCUGUUCAAAUACAUCUACUUCAUAAAUG